GCGGAGGGCAAGCCGGGGGCGGGGCCGGGGCCAGAGCAGAACUCCGGGCCUCCGCGGCCAUCGCUGACUGUGCCGUCCCUUCCCCUCACCCGCUCCACGCCCUCCUGGGCCGAGUGGAGUUGGGUGGUGUCAGUAGCCUCUCCCUGAGGGGCACCGCGGCUUCAGGAGCUGGGCCUCCAGUGCGGCGCGAUGUCUGGCGCGGUGACAGCUCUGUGAGUCCGAGGCCGCGGCCGUGGCGCUGGGCGGCUGCGGGGCCUGACCGGUCCGCUCAUGGUGCCGCCACGACGCCAUCGCGGGGCAGGAAGGCCAGGGGUGCUGAGUUCUUCACCUCCUUUUAGACUGAGAUCUGCCAAGUUUUCCGGCAUUGCUCUUGAGGAUCUCAGAAGGGCUCUUAAGACAAGACUGCAAAUGGUGUGUGUAUUUAUUAUGAACCGAAUGAAUUCACAGAACAGUGGUUUCACUCAGCGCAGGCGAAUGGCUCUUGGGAUUGUUAUUCUUCUGCUUGUUGAUGUGAUAUGGGUUGCUUCCUCCGAACUUACUUCGUAUGUUUUUACCCAGUACAACAAACCAUUCUUCAGUACUUUUGCAAAAACAUCUAUGUUUGUUUUGUACCUUUUGGGCUUUAUUAUUUGGAAGCCAUGGAGACAACAGUGUACAAGAGGACUUCGUGGAAAGCAUGCUGCUUUUUUUGCAGAUGCUGAAGGUUACUUCGCUGCUUGCGCAACAGAUACAACUAUGAAUAGUUCUUUGAGUGAACCUCUGUAUGUUCCUGUGAAAUUCCAUGAUCUUCCAAGUGAAAAACCUGAGAGCACAAACAUUGAUACUGAAAAAACCCCCAAAAAGUCUCGUGUGAGGUUCAGUAAUAUCAUGGAGAUUCGACAGCUUCCCUCAAACCAUGCAUUGGAAGCGAAGUUGUCUCGCAUGUCAUAUCCUGUGAAAGAACAAGAAUCCAUACUGAAAACUGUGGGGAAACUUACUGCAACUCAAGUAGCGAAAAUUAGCUUUUUUUUUUGCUUUGUGUGGUUUUUGGCAAAUUUGUCAUAUCAAGAAGCACUUUCAGACACACAAGUUGCUAUAGUUAAUAUUUUAUCUUCAACUUCCGGACUUUUUACCUUAAUCCUUGCUGCAGUAUUUCCAAGUAACAGUGGAGAUAGAUUUACCCUUUCUAAACUAUUAGCUGUAAUUUUAAGCAUUGGAGGUGUUGUACUGGUAAACCUGUCAGGGUCUGAAAAAUCUGCUGGAAGAGAUACAAUAGGUUCCAUUUGGUCUCUUGCUGGAGCCAUGCUCUAUGCUGUCUAUAUUGUUAUGAUUAAGAGAAAAGUAGAUAGAGAAGACAAGUUGGAUAUUCCAAUGUUCUUUGGUUUUGUAGGUUUGUUUAAUCUGCUGCUCUUAUGGCCAGGUUUCUUUUUACUUCAUUAUACUGGAUUUGAGGACUUCGAGUUUCCCAAUAAAGUAGUAUUAAUGUGCAUUAUCAUUAAUGGCCUUAUUGGAACAGUACUCUCAGAGUUCCUGUGGUUGUGGGGCUGUUUUCUUACCUCAUCAUUGAUAGGCACACUUGCACUAAGCCUUACAAUACCUCUGUCCAUAAUAGCUGACAUGUGUAUGCAAAAGGUCUUAGCCAGGCGCGGUGGCUCACGCCUGUAAUCCCAGCACUUGGGAGGCCGAGGCAGGCAGAUCACUUGAGGUCAGGAGUUCGAGACCAGCCUGGCCAGCAUGGUGAAACCCCGUCUCUACUAAAAAUACAAAAAUUAGCUGGCUGUGAUGGUGUGCACCUGUAAUCCCAGCUACUUGGGAGGCUGAGGCAGGAGAAUCACUUGAACCUGGGAGGCAGAGGUUGCAGUGAGCCAAGAUCAUGCCACUGCACUCCAGCCUGGGCAACAGAACAAGACUCCAUCUCAAAAAAAAAAAAAAAAAAAAAGAUAAAAGCAAAAUAUGCUUAGUGCUGUGUAUUUAUUUAUAUAUAUAUUUUAUAUUUAUAAAAUUUAUUUAUAAAAUAAAUUUUUAUUUUAUUUUAUUUAUAAAAUAAUUCUUUACUGAUAUUUAACUUUGUUUUAUGGUUCAGUAAAUUCUUACUUAUUUGUCAUGGUUAAAGAACUGAGAUUCUCUCCUUAAUUGAGAAUUAAUUAUCUUACAUAACUUGCAUUUUCAAAGAAUGUGGAUAUUCUAUAUAACACUAACAUUGCACAUUAUUACACAUCAUUCUUUUAUAGAUUUAAUUAAUAUCUAGGCCCUUCUUCAUCUUCAGGUCAUAAUCCUGAAUAUGAACCAAACUGGUUGUGAAACUGGGAAGGUGCUACUUGUUAGAGGAUUUUGGUAGACUACUGUGUAAAUCAUCUUUAUUGUACUGAUAUUUUAAAAACGUAAGCUUUCGUAGAUUGAAAAAAAAUUGCAGCUUAAUGUUCAGGAAUUUUUAAGAAAAUAGUCACAGGGGACCUAAUUGUAUUAAAUGAUUAGUCAUUUCAUAAUUAUCAUUACAAACAAUAAUGGUUAUAAUUUGUUUAAUAAAGUCUUUUAGGAUAAAGACAAAACAGGGGGAAAUGUAUGCACAUGCAAUUAAUUAUAAAAACAUAACCAAACUUUAACUGAUUGCCCAGUUCUGGAUAUGAAGACAAUCAAGAAAAGAUUUGGUGUUCUUGAUUGUCUUCAUAUCUAGAACUGGGCAGUCAGUUAAAGGAGCAGGCUGUGUGUUGGUGUCAGGAUUGAGGUUAGGGAGAUUCCAUCUGGAAAAAGCAGCAGGGUGUGUCCAGAACUGUAACAGAAACAUGAUAACAGAAAUCUACUUUUAUAGGGUUUUUAGGUUUAAUUAGCUAACUGUAUUUAUAUAUAGCUUCUGAAAUGUUAGCAUUUAUUAACAUUGUGCUUGAAACAAAUUGGUUAUUUAAAUCUAUUUAUAAUCAUUUUAUAUAAUAGGAAGCAUCCCUGAUCAUAUUCUAUUUGAUAUUCAGAUAUAUUUAGGAAUUAGAAAAAAAAUUUUUGUUUACAUAGGUAAUUUUCUUUGUUGUAAUAAAUGGCUUCAUUUCUUUUGUCUUAGCUUGUUGGAAAUCAAAUUAGAAGUUUUUUAUUAUGAGACAACAUCUAAACAAGUACAUUGUGGAAAGUGAACUUGCCUUCUAAAGUCUUCUAGGGCUUUAUCUAUCUUUAUUAAGUUUGCUUUGAUUCAGUUAUGAAAUAAGGUUUUCAGUUGAAUAUUCAUGAAAUAAUUCUAUCAACUAUAUCUACAUUUUUAAUCACAUUAUUUAUAACUUCUUAAUACCUUUUCUGAUCUUGGAUAAUUUAAAUGCAGCAUGGUUUUUCCUGAUUAUUAGUCAUUCUGGCAAAUAUUCCAGGAAUAUGUUAAAAUAUAUUGGUAAUUUCAUAACUAAAUGAAGGCUUUUCAGUUUAAUGACUAUUCUUUCCAGGGUGUUCUUAGGCUGACUCAGUCAUUGUGUAUGAGUACCAUACAAAUAGGGCAUGCAUGUUAAAAAUUGUCAUCUGUAUAUCUUUUCUCUGUACUGUAGGCAUAGUUUUUUGGGGUUUGAAAAGAGAAAUAGAUUGAUUGCCAAUUAUAGAUUUGAGGAUUUCACAAUUUCUUUCUAAAACGAAAUUUGUUCUUUUAUGUGGGUAAAUGUUUUCAUUUUCCAAAGGAUGAGAAGAAAAUCUAUUUUUUGUCAAAAGUAACAUUCGCACAUAUUCUGUGUCAUGGAAAAUUAUGGGAUUUGUGUCCUUUUGUUCCUGUAGAUUAAAGAAAAGAAUAAUUAGUCGUAAAAAAAAAAAAAAAAAAAAUUGUCAGUUAUUAUUCUUGUGUUAUGCAUUGUGAGUUCCCUCAUAAAAGACAUUAUGCUCACAAAACUCGUUUACUCUGACUAAUGGUGCUAUGAAAUGGAAUAGUAUAUGUUUUUCACCAGAGGGAGUCUUACCUAUGAGUCCGUGCCUUUUUUUUUUUUUUUUUAAAUUCUCAAAGAGGGCAAACACAGUUUUCCUUCCCUAUUUUAUAGAUAGAAGUUACUAUUUUCAUCAUUAUUUUUAAAGCAAACCUCCUGUGUGUUACACUUAAGUCUCAGUGGUUGAUCAGUAUAGGCUUCUUUGACAGUUGUUUCUGAUCUUUCGCUGAGUCUAGAUGGUAAAAGUGAACUAGUGAAAGGGAAGAAUGAGUUUUGUUUUGGAUGGCAUCUCAUUGUUUUUUAUUUUCUUUUUAUUUAUGUAUUUGUUUUUCUUAUUUUUUUCUUAUUUAUUUUUUUCUUUUUGAUUUUAAUACCUCCACCCUGCUUACAGAGAUUUUUUAUUUUCUUGACAACCCUGAUAAAUGAUGGAUUGGAGGAUCAGACUUGUUGACAUCACUGAUGAGGCUUGUCUUGUUGCUUGUCUUCUCUGGCUAACAUUCCUUAGUAAAAAUAUUUCUGUAUUUUUUUCUUUAUUUUACUUGGUCAUUGUUUCAUUUUGAGCUUUUUUCAUUUAUUACUGGAUAAGCUAGUUUUGAGUGUCAAAUUUGCACCUAAUUUGUUUUUGGUACUGUCAUAAGAACUGUAGCAUACACAGCAUACCACAACUAUAACUUUUUACGAAAACGUACAUUUUUUGAGAUGACUUCAGAAACUGAGGGAGAGAGACCCACUUGAGACUAGGCAGCAAACAGUGAAGAAGAAAUGAGCAACAUGGUGUGCAGGACCAAAGUUUCAUACUGUAUAUCUCUACUCUAAGUGUACAAUGCCUAUAAAUGGAAAGUAUGCUUUCUUGGCUUUCCUUUAGCCUAUUUUCCAAGCAAGAACUAUUGUUGUUGGUAAUUUAGGUACAUGGAAUUGUAAGUUGAAGUCUUGAAUUCUUAUUUAAUAAUAAUACACUUAAUACAUUGUUAGUGUUUAAUUUUGUCUUCCCAUUUUUCUUAUUCCUGCUAGUUUUCACAAAUAGAAAACUUACAUUGAAGGGGGAAAUUGCCUUAAUGAUAAUUGUGGGUGUGUUUUUUCCUCUAUCUUUUAUUUUUAGGUGCAGUUUUCUUGGUUAUUUUUUGCAGGAGCUAUCCCUGUAUUUUUUUCAUUUUUUAUUGUAACUCUCCUAUGCCAUUAUAAUAACUGGGAUCCUGUGAUGGUGGGAAUCAGAAGAAUAUUUGCUUUUAUAUGCAGAAAA